AUCACAGAGCACAACAAUGGCAUCACUUGUACAGGCCAUCCCUGUUGUAACUAAUCAAACUUCAUCCCAACAAAAACGCUUCCUCAAACACAAACCCCCAAACAAACAAAAUCCCACAAUCUACUGUGAGAAAAUGACAAAAACACAUCCCACCAAUGCCACAAAUAAUUCGUCAAUCAUAGCACCAGCAGCAACAACAGCAACCACCAGAAAGAUCCCAAGUUUCAGUUUCGAAGCAUACCUGUCGGAAAAGGCUGAUAAGGUGAACAGAGCCUUGGAUGAAGCUAUCCCACUGCAGAAGCCAAUGAAGAUUCACCAAGCCAUGAGAUACUCCCUCCUCGCAGGCGGGAAGCGCGUGCGCCCCAUCCUUUGCCUUGCUGCCUGCAGCCUCGUUGGAGGGGAUGACGCCACGGCCAUGCCCAUAGCCUGUGCGGUUGAGAUGAUCCACACCAUGUCUCUCAUCCAUGAUGACCUCCCAUGCAUGGACAACGAUGACCUACGCAGAGGGAGGCCCACAAACCACAAGGUGUUUGGUGAGGAUACAGCAGUCCUGGCCGGGGAUGCCCUGCUGUCCCUUGCUUUCAAUCAUGUUGCGGAAAAGACUAAGAAUGUGGAGCAUUGCAGAGUAGUCAGGGCCAUUGCAGAGCUGGCACUGGCAAUCGGGUCAGAAGGGCUUGUUGCCGGGCAGAUAGUGGACUUGGACAGUGAAGGGGAGAAGAUCAGUUUGAACGAACUGGAGUACAUCCAUGUGCACAAGACUUCGAUGCUACUGGAGGCUGCUGCUGUCUGUGGAGGAAUCCUUGGUGGAGGGGAGAGCACCGAGGUAGAGUCGCUUAGGAAGUAUGCAAGAUGCAUCGGGCUACUUUUCCAGGUGGUGGAUGACAUACUUGAUGUGACAAAGUCAUCAGAGCAAUUGGGCAAGACAGCAGGGAAAGACCUGGCAACAGAGAAAGCAACUUACCCGAGGCUUAUGGGGCUGGCGAAGGCCAGGGAGUUUGCUGGAGAGCUUGCAAGGAAAGCUGUGGACGAGCUCAGCCACUUCGAUGCUUUAAAGGCGGCUCCGCUGUAUCAUUUGGCAGGUUACUUAGCUACCCGUCAGAAUUGAUCUAGGG